AUGGCAGCAACAGAAAAAAUAUUUUUUUUUUGCAGCCAUCCCUGGACACCGAUUUUGCGCCGUCAAGAUGGCAGUGUGAACUGCUAUCGCAAUUGGACUGACUACAAAAAUGGAUUUGGCGAUGUUAAAGGGGAAUUCUUUAUAGGUCUGGAGAAGCUACAUAAUAUAACAGCCAAUGGUCCUCCCCAGGAGUUACUGUUGAUUUUGCAAGACUUUGCCUUAGAUACUUACUACGCAAAAUAUGAUAAUUUUAAAAUUGCUUCGGAAUCGGAAAAGUAUGCCAUAACGGAGUUGGGAAAUUACACCGGUAAUGCCGGAGACAAUUUAGGGGUACACAAAGGAUCGAAAUUUUCUACAGCAGAUAAUGAUAAUUCUGGCUAUGACAUAAAUUGUGCUUAUGUCUUCGAUGGAGCAUGGUGGUUUUUGUCAACAUACUGUUACAGUUCGCACUUAAAUGGCCCAUAUGGCACAGAAUCUACUGUUCGUGGCAUUAUUUGGACAAACUUGGGCCAUGAGAAUUCUUUAUCCUAUGCAGAAUUGUUAAUACGUCCAAAGUUGUGAAUAUUAGUUAAUAUUCAAUUUCUGAUUUCUUUACCAGUUAAAACUCAACGAAGAUGUAAAAUUAAUCAUCAUUCUAAAUCUUAUAUAUAAAAAUCAA